GGAAUCAUCAUACUUGCUGCAAACCAGCGCUGCAACGCACAACCUGAGACCGAUGGCACCAUCCAAAUCCCAUCUCGCCUUGCUCCUCGCCGUAGUUCUGAUCGCCGCCACGCCGCAGCCUUCGGCGGCCGUCAGGGAGGCCCCUGCCCCCUCCACCAGCAACGAUUUAGUAGCAAAACCAUCGGCAUGGUGCAUUCCCUGCUUUUCGUUUCUACCACAGUUAUUCUGUAUACCGCCGAUAUUCUGUCCACCUACGCCAAGUGCGCUGCCGCCGCCGCCGCCGCCAGCGAAGCCGGAGCCGAAAGAGUGUCUACCAUCGCUGAUGGGGCUGAUGCCAUGCAAGGAUUACUUCACCAACAAAACCGCGCCGGAGCCUCCAAACCAAGGCAAGUGCUGUGACGGCCUGAGGUCACUCUUCGUAAACGCUCCUAUCUGCAUAUGCCGCAUAUCGGACGACGGCGACCUCGACAAGCUCAUGUCGGCACCCGUGCAUGGAGAAAACAUCCUUCGUGUGGCGGUUAUCUGUGGCACGGCUCUGAGUGAUUAUGGAUCUUGCGAGGGCCACGUGCCACCGCUGAGGGCCGCACCCGCCCCUGAAGCUGCUUCUUAACUGGGCAAACCAGAGGCAUGGUCGUAGUAGAAUUGCAGAGGCAAGGUCAAGAUCCGUCGGUACCAUUAUUAGAAGAUGAGAUAUAGUGCGAGUUUUCAGUUCGAUUAAAGAGAAUAUGUAGCUUUAUUUGUGUCCACCUCUGAGUCGUCUUGGAGAAAUUUUAUUUAUUGGUUAUUUGUGAGUGUCCACCCUAUGGAAUCAUCAAAUGUGCACCGAGUUGCCGAAAUGUUUUAUCCCUUGGA